AUGUUUGAUUUGCUUACCAAGAAGACUAGUGAAAAGGAACAGAAAAACAAAGAAAAGGAAGUGGCCAGAGCUGAAGUUGACAUAGAAAAUUCAGAUUCUGAAAGUGGCAGUGAAGGUUCAGAUCAUGGCAAUAAUGUUCUUGUGGUGAAGCCAAAGGAGACAACAGGAUCUAGUAGCUCUAGAUCUGUAGCAGGUGGUCAUACUAUUGACAAGUACUACAAGCCUCCUUCUAUAGAAGAAUCUGCCAGUAUGACACAAAGAAAAAGGAAGGAAAAGGUGAUGGAUGGAUUCAAGGAGCACAAGGAAUCAUGGGAGCUCACAGAUUCAGUGGAAUGCUCAGGUGACAAGAAAGAUGGCAAAUAUAUCUUUGAACUUGUGGACAGGUACAUAGAAGAGAUAGGGGAACAACAUGUUGUCCAAGUGGUGACUGAUAAUGCUAGCGUCAACACAACUGCAGCAAGUCUAUUGACAGCAAAAAGACCAUCAAUAUUUUGGAAUGGAUGUGCUGCUCAUUGCUUGGAUCUCAUGCUCGAGGAUAUUGGGAAGCUUGGACCAGUUGAGGAAACCAUUGCUAAUGCAAGACAAGUGACUGUUUUCUUGUAUGCUCAUACUAGGGUGUUGGAUUUGAUGAGAAAGUUUCUUAACAGAGACUUGGUUCGCUCUGGGGUUACACGAUUUGCCACAGCUUAUUUGAAUCUAAAAAGCUUGUUAGACAACAAAAAAGAGUUAGUAAGACUAUUUAAAUCAGAUGAGAUGGAGCAAUUGGGUUACUUGAAGCGGGCCAAGGGGAAGAAAGCCAGCAAAGUGAUCAGAUCUGAAACCUUUUGGAAAAAUGUUGACAUUGCAGUUAAUUACUUUGAGCCAUUGGCUAACGUGUUGAGAAGAAUGGACAGCGAUGUACCAUCAAUGGGAUUCUUCCAUGGUUUAAUGCUUGAGGCGAAGAAAGAAAUUUCUCAGAGAUUCGAUAAUGAUAAGAGCCGCUUCAUAGAAGUUUGGGAUAUCAUUGAUAAAAGAUGGGACAACAAGCUCAAGACUCGACUACACCUGGCUGGGUACUAUUUGAACCCCUACUACUACUACACAAAUAAGCAAGAGAUCGAGAGUGAUGGAUCAUUUAGAGCAGCAAAAUGGUGGCUGAACCAUGGCACAAGCACACCAAAUCUUAGGAAGUUGGCUGCAAGGAUUUUGAGUUUGACCUGCAGCUCCUCAGCUUGUGAGAGGAACUGGUCAGUUUUUGAACAGGUUCAUACAAAGAAGUGCAACAGGCUACUUCAUGAAAGGAUGUGA